AUGGUCCCGAAUCUGAACAACAUCCAGGGUGACAUCUGGCCCCGGUUGGCAAAGAAAUAUGAGACUUUCCUUUUCUUCGAAAUCCUCGACAUGGCUCGGUUCAAGAAGGAGCUUGGAUCCUUCAGCAAGUAUAUCACAACUGCCAAAGCUGCCUGCGAAACUCGUGGCAGGCUUUAUUCUCGAAAGGAGAAUGGAGAAAACAACAUCGUUGAAACUAUCAGCACCAACAUUUCGCUUUCGGCUGCUGGUCUUGCUCGGCUCGGAAAAACCGAUCUUGGAGAUUUUAUCUUCAAAGGCGGCAUGUAUGCAGACAUGGUGACGGUCGGUCUUGACAGAGACGAGGAGUGGCAUGGAGAGUUUAAAGGAUCCCGCGGUCAAAUUGAUGGGGUGUUCAUCCUUGCUGGUAGCUCCGAGGAUACUGUGAACAAUUGGAUCAUAGACGUUAUCAAGCCCAAGUUCGCUGAUCCGACCAUCAAUGGUGAGCCCGCGGCCUCAAAAUUUCUGUUCACCCAAAGCGGCGCGGUCCUGAACGAAUAUGACGUCGAACACUUCGGAUGGAAAGAUGGUGCAUCCCAGCCUCUGCUCAAGGGAUUGGACGAUGAGACCACAAACACCAAAGGCCCCGGCCUCAUCAAGCCUGGUUACAUUAUCCUUGGAGAGGAGGGCGAUACCGAACCAUCGCCGGAUUGGGCCAAGGAUGGUAGCUUUAUGGUCUUCCGUAGACUGAGGCAGUUGGUCCCCGAGUUCACUCAGUGGGUGGUCAAGCAGAUCGGAGAUCAGGCUAAAGACGGGGAUAAAAUGAAACUCGGUGUUAUUUCGACUUUGUCCUCCCGUCUGGUUGGAAGAUGGCCCGAUGGGGCGCCUCUGGAUCUGAUGCCAGGACCACCAGAGGGUCAGGAAGACACCUACAAGGGUCUUCCUGAGGAUGCUCCAGGUCAAGGCGAGGAGCAUAUGGCGCUCACAAAUUCGAAUGACUUCGACUUCCGGGACACUCAGUGGCAGGACAGGUGCCCCUUUGCAUCUCACAUCCGCAAGGUGCGGCCCCGAGCUGAUCGCACAAAUAUGGAUGGCACCUUCGAUGACACCCAUGCCAUGAUCCGCCGCGGUAUCUCGUUUGGACCUCUCACUACCAAUCAGGAGAAAUCUGUCGGAGUGACCACGCAUGAUCGCGGACUCCUUUUUGUAUCUUACCAGGCCAAUCUGCACAACGGAUUCCGCCAAGUGCAGAAUGGUGAAAUGGGCGAACAAGAUCAGUUUCCCCCUGGAAAGGCCCGGCACUACGAUAAUAAGCAGCCCGGAUUGGAUCCUAUCAUCGGUCAAUGGGCCAAGGACGACGACCACAGCAACUAUAUCACCAUGCCGAGAUACGAUAAUCCCAAGAAGGUAGAGCAAUGGAAGCUUGAACGAUCCGUCAUUGCCGAGGGUGGUGAGUAUUUCUUCAGUCCCUCCAUCUCCGGUAUCCGUGAAAUAUGUGGUGUUUGCGCAUAG